AUGCUCAGCUACCCAAGCUCUUUGUGCAUUUUUGAGCAUCUGGAUGUGAAUAGAAGACUCCAACUCGCCGCUAAAUGUCCAUCUCUCCGAACCGCCCAUAGAAUCGCCCCAAUGAAAAUCGAAGACCUGGAAAUCCAGGAAUCCUCAAUCACCAUCAACAACUGCGUCCAAGAAUUUGAAGCCAUCUCUCCCACAGAGAUACAGUACACCUACACCAGAAUGGGAUGCGAUUGGAAGUCUUCUGUCCAAACCCUGCAUACUCAAGCUACAGUAACUCAAAUUAUCAAAUCCCUAGUUGCCAAUUUCUUCGGAAAGAACGCCAAAAUCCACGUGAAGAAUCUGAAAACUACCAGUGGACUUCUAGAAGCAUUUGGACCGAUUUUGAAGCUCUCAACGCCACUGGAAAAGCUGCGUACUAGUGUGAAGGGUCCAUGGGACUCAAUCUUCUCAAACCCGAUUCUUAGAUCUGCUCGCUGGUUGGUCCUGGACGAUCUCACGGAGACGAUUGACUGGGCGGACACCCUAAAACCCCUCGAGAACCCAAGAAUUCAAAUGGAAGGCUCCCAAAUUGAUCAAGACGUUUUGCAUCGAAUGGUUUGGGAUUGGUUGGAAAAGCCACGGCCGAUCGGGUAUCGAUUUACGACUCCGAUCAGUGUCCGAGUCAUCAUGCGGUCGUUCUACGUGGAAUUUGGGGCGUUCUGGAAGGAUAUUCCAACUGAAUACAACGGCAAUACCUACUGCCUUGUGAUCCACACCACUGACACCUACGAACUUGUUGUCUACAGCCAAAGAAAUCCCAAUUUGGUUUUCGACCCUCGUCUUAGCGAUGAUGAAUCGAAGCUAGCGCUGUUCACUCUGGAAGUGGUCCCUCUUGGAAAGACCUUGCCGUGUUCGACACGAUUUGCUUAA